CAGUCAUAUUCUUAACCGCAAGUAAGCGUAUGAAAAGGUGUAAAUCCGGUUGUACGGGAAAUGGCUGCGUUACAUGAUGAAGUUACUGUUACCAGUCACUCAAAACCGUUUCCAGUAGAAAUGAACGUUACCGCAGUGGUUACCGCUAAUAGUAACAACGAUGUGAGUGACAACUUGACUUCUCUGCAAACACGGGGCUCUCCCGAAUCUGCGGCCAACAAUAACAACUAUUUGCAGGGCAUGCAGAACAUGAUGCCUGCGCACGAAGAUUAUUUGGGAACGUCGAGGCUAAAUUCGUCUUCCAACGAUUUCUUUCAAGCGAGAGAAAGCGAUUUUCCAAGCGUUGGUAACCAUUUAGUGAAGAGUGAGUUCGGAGUGUCGCACACGGGCAAUGAUGUAGCUCCUGAAAUGUUGUAUCGCGAUGUCCCAAACGGUACAUCCCCGCAUGGGAGUAAUGAAAGAGUGUCAAAGGGGAAAGGCAAAGAAUCUCCACCGACUGUUUAUCCGUGGAUGAAGAGAAUUCAUGUCAGUCAUGUUUUCAAUGGAGCAGUGGAACCGGGUAAAAGACCGAGGACUGCUUAUACCAGACACCAAGUAUUGGAGUUGGAAAAAGAGUUUCAUUUUAAUCGUUACCUGACAAGACGAAGACGAAUAGAAAUAGCUCAUUCCCUGUGCCUCACAGAACGACAGGUAAAAAUCUGGUUCCAAAAUCGAAGAAUGAAAUGGAAAAAGGACAACAAAUUACCCAACACAAAGACUAGAGUGAUGCAUGGAAGCAGUACAAGUAUGAAUAUGCAAGGCAGUAUGUUUGAUCAAGCGGUCUCACCACCAUUAUCUUCAUCGAGCAAUGAAGCUCUUCCUAUGCAUUCUCACUCGCCAAUGAAUCUACUUCCAUCAACAGCAAAUCACUCACCAGAUCAGAGGACAUUGACUUAUGACGGACGAACAGGUCUCCCUAAUCGUUCUCACACAGAGGAAGGAUAUUUUGGUGGCUAUAACUCAAACCACUCUCAGUAUGACAUGCAACGUCACAGCUUUGUUAACUCUACAGCAGACAGAAUGUUGAAUGGAUCUCCAGGGUUUUUCCAUCCUCACCCGACCAAUAUGUCAGAUUUCAGCAUGAUGAAACCAGAUGAUGGCGCUGCUGCAAUGAUGGGUGCAAAAAUGGACGCUUUGGGUAGAAGGUACGAGCCCCACUUCGGUGUUGCACAGAAGCCUUAUGACUCUUUCCAACCAAUCGUCGACACCAACGGUGGGCUGGCCGGACCAGCUGAAUAUGGGAGGAUUUCCACUUCGUCAGCCACCUCUGCCUUCCACUUAUCACAUGGGUCAGUCAAUUCCACUCAACACCAUCCCGUAUCAUCUCUCGACGUUUCAAUAAACGAAGCGCAACUAAAAUUGAUGCAAUUUGUGAGUACGCCUACAUCAGUACAUCAUCACAGACCGACAUACAUGUCAUCGUUUUCAUGUCCGGUGGGAAGUGCUGAUCGAUUUCCUGAUCCAGGGUACAAUCUUUAUAACAGUCUCAACAUGAAACGGAACGCUCUCAACAGGCCGGGACAAGAAAACGCAGCACUGCGUUCACCUAUGUUGUCAGACACACCUGCUAACUCUAAUGACAUUGACUACAACAUUAGGGCAAAAGAGCAUUUCAUUGCUUCAACAAAUUCGCGAAAUACAAACGCUAACAACAAUCGCAGAAACUUGCAAUAUCAAGCUAACGUUUGGAUAAGCAAGACAAAAUUAUAAAUUUAAAUUAACUUUACAAUAAUCUAAAUGUUGCAUACUACAAUUAGAAAUAUACUAGAGAAUUUUAUGAUAAAAUUCUCCCACAAUUGCACUGAUUGUGCAAAUAUAAUUUAUUCAAAUAGCAUUGUUUUUCAUCGUCCAUAAAAUGGAAUCAAGACCGAGAGUGUAAAACGUUUAACUCAAACAAAGAUACUGUUUUCUGUUCUAUAGUUUUCUACAGUUUGUCAACAAUUGCACUGAUUGUGCAAAUAUUAUUUAUUCAAAUAGGAUUGUUUUUCAUCGUCCAUAAAUUGAAAUUAAGACCAAGAGUGUAAAACGUUCAACCCAACUAAAGGUACUGUUUCUGUUCUAUAGUUUUCUACAGUUUGUCACAAAUCAACGGUAUUUUAUUUCUAGCUUGUCUAUUAUAUUCUAUUAUAGCAUUUGCUAUGCAAAUAUCUACAUUUAGACGUCGGUAGCAUUGCUGCAACUGUAGUUUCCAUUUUCAUAUCAUAACGUUGGAGAAAAUAGCAACACACGCUCUAGAAAGAAGUUAUGUCAGGCCAUAAAAUGAAUUACCACAAAUAUAAAAUAUGAUGAAAGUACUACGUAAUUGUUAAGUAUUCAAGCGGAAUAAUAUAUAUGUUCAUUUGACGUUGCAUGGAUUUAAAACUAUUUAAACCCAAUUCGCAAUAGUAAGAUUUAUUAGCGCGGUUUGGAAUAGAUUACAUAUAUGAACCCCAAAUUUUAGAAUACGUUUUUUCUAUUUUCUCCAGCGUUUUACAUCACUGUCCACUCAGCUACUUCACAUGAUAAUAUCGUUAAGUGCCAUUUUGAUAUUUCACUUCCUCAGACAAUAUUUUUUUGUACACAAUUUUCAUGUAAUGUGGUCAAUAUGGAUUUUAAAAAUAAGUUUCGAAAUGCAGACUUGUUUGAUAUAUCAUAUUCAUACAUUAUUAUUAUAUUUUAUUUAGUGAUCAUCCCAACCCAUGAACAAAAAACAUAAAAGGGACAUCGGGAAAACACCAACUUUAAUGUAGCAUACCUAAUUUACUCUCUCUGCUCAAAAUCUUUAUUCUGGAUUGCAGCGCUAAGUAAAGUCAUUGAGACUAAAUACCAAUAUAUCUGAAAUACGAUUAACAACUAAAAAUAAAAUCUCUUUCAAUUCGAGAAAACCUUUUGCUAUCAAAAAUUGUACUAAUAAUUUUUAUAUAUUCUGCUGAGUAAUUGCUUCUGGCAAUUAGUUGUGUGUUUCAAUCGUUAAAGAUGUUGUUUUCAUACGAUCCUCUCUUUUCUUUUUUCUAGAUUUAUAUUUUAUAUGGCUGAGGUUUAUUCUCAGGCUCAACCUUUGGAUAAAAAGAGAGUAGUUAAUUUUCUUUGCAUAGCUCGUGAAGAUUAAUUAGAUUCAAAUAUUCACUUCUCGCCUAUUUUUACAUACCAUUUCUAUUCUAACAUGCUCGUCAAAUAUGUUUGUAUUUUCAAACUAUUUUUGCCGCCAAAUGUGAAAGCUUAUUAUUAUUCUGCAUGAACGCGGUACAAAACGCCAUGAAGUGUGCAUUUUAUAAUAUUUUUUUUCUCUUCGAAUAUCGCUAUCUCAUAAUAAACUCGUUUAAAUUG